AUGAACGAACCGGCUACCACCAACGACAAAGCCUUACUAACCUCUGAGACGGCCAACAAUACUACUGCCAAAGAUUCCGACAUCAUUCCGAACGACUACGUUGAAACAAAAAUUAACCCAAAAACGUUUGAUAUCUCCUCACAACUGAAUGAAUCUUAUGCCACUGUCUCCAAACAACCCUUUCUAGCUCAAUUUGGGGAAGGACCUAGGUUCCUACAUGAUUGUCUGCAGAAGAUGUCAAAAAUUGCGGCCAAAAUGACGUACCGUACAGACAAACUCACUGACCCCCAGAUCCAAAACCUCAGUCGUCACGGCCUCACUGUAAGCAACUGGAUUCUCGCUGCCUCCUGCGCUGCGACCAAUGCAGAUGUCUUCACCAAAUACAUCACCGAAAACCAAGACGCUGUGGCAUUCAAAAUAUUCAUCAAUCGUCUCGCACACACUCCACCACAAGUCCUAUUCCCUGGUCAAAUCAAAAACAGCAGAAUGAAAGCGUACAACGCAUCGAACGCUUGGUACGGUGCUAUCCAGGCACUUGGAAGUUGGUACCAAAAAAUCAAAAAACAGAAACAGCUUACGUUGCAGAACGCAUGGUCGAAAAAACCAAAAAUCACACCGGCAUCCACGUCGACAGACAAGCCCUCAACAAAACUCGUCAACUUCCAAGAUGAAUCCUCAACCAAAGCAUCAGCUACUGCUAUGGCAACAGCCACUAGCAUGAAUAUCGAUCGGCCUACACCUUCCACAAACCCACCACCAGCACAAACUCCAGCCCCUGCACCACCCCUGGCCCCACAAACCAAGGCAAAAACAACAGCUGAACAACGAUACACGAAGACCCGUGUUACAAUGAAAUUCAAAAUUCCCUCUACUGAGGACUCGGAGGGCAAAGGUGCCAAUGAAGUGACUCUCAACCUUAUUAAAAGCAUGUUCAUCGCCAUGAAAGACCGCGAGGAUUCUGUUGCAAUUCUCCCAUGGACCAUCUCUGACAUGAACAAGCUUCCGGCCAUCACAUCUAUCCAACGAUUCCCAGCCAAGAUUUCAGAAAUGAAGGCCUACACGGACCGUAUCCGUCCCAAGAGCAAUAGCACUUGCUGGUUCAAGAUGCACCUUGCAAGCAACGGAGAUAAAGAACACUUUACAAGCUCCGACAAAAGUGACAACUCUGACUGGUUUGACGAUAAUGAAUCUGCCGCAUACUUCUGCACAGUACAAAACUCCGACGAUCCAGUUUCAUUGGGGGACUUCCUAUUCUCCGGUGCUUUCUCAGAUCCUGUUCGAAUUGCGGAUGUGAUUCACAAAAUGUGUCAGACAACAUACAAUAAAACCCUCCACUUCGGCUGCAGAGUAAGGAAAGUCAAGGAAAUAGACUCCACCCUGUCCAAACCUAGAGUCUGGACCAUGGCAGACAAUCAAAUGGUACAUAUCGAAGUGGACCGGAAAGAGGCAAAAACCCUUCAGAAGAUUCUCCACAAACACUUCAACAAGACGGACGAUCCUAAAAUGCGCCCGGGCGGAUACAAUUUCAGAGUGCUACCUGAUAAGAAACUUAUUCUCUCAAGUCCCAAAGGUGAAAGAAGCCGUACAAAGAUGCUCAAGAAACACCAGGCAGUUGUUCAGUCACUGGUCCUGAUCAAAGGCGAAGACAUCAAAGAGCUGGACGAGGAAUAUUCCUUCCAAGGCGAAUCUUUUACUCUCAGACGUGUUCUUCUGGAACUGACGUUUCCCCUGAUAGCUGUUGACGCCGACGACGACAAGCAGCGCCCCUCUCUCUUUCACUCGGUUGAUUGGGCAAGUGCUGGAGCUGACGCAGGCAAGGAUAUCAUUUAUUGCACGGCAUACAUGGAUCAAGCCGAUACUGCCGGCCAAAUCCUUCAGAUCCUCCCAGCAUAUGUCGAAUUCUAUCUUAACCGUCAGGCUGUCACGAAGUGGUUCAACCACCAAGCAAUUGAUAUCUGCAAUGAAGUCACAUUUGGUGCUGACGACGAAGGCAACUGGAAUGGAGAAUGGGAAACCUCUGAAGAUGCCCUUCAGGAAGAACUCUUUGAAGAAGACAUGGGCUAUGAUCUCCAAAUCGAUGGUCUUGACAUCAUCGAUGAUCGAUGCAACAUCCUCACAACAGAUGAUGCGUCCUUCAACACAUUCGGUACAUCCUUUGGAGCGAACCGCCCCGGUGAGCCACUCCUCGAAGGACACACUAUCAACCCACCUGGAAUGCAGCCAGAGGGCGCGGCAGCCCCUGCUGGUAAUCCAGAUUCUGAAACCACCGUGGAGGAGGAAGGUACUCCCGGUGGUAUAGCCGCCUAG